AUGACCAAACUGAGCAUCAUUCACCUUUCCUCUAACAGUGAAGCUGAAAAAAAGUCACUAAUGAGCGUAAGCCUAAACGGACUGAAAGCCAGCGGCGCUACGGCACUCAAAGGCGCUCCAACAGUGCACGACUGUACUGAUGCAGCUCAAGAUCAAGCUGGGACGCACACGCCAGCGGUGUUCAGCGUGCAGCCAGCCAUCUUCUCCUCCUGCUCUUUGCAGAGCCAGCAGUGCCCCAAUUUACUGAGUCUUGUGGACUUUGCGUAUAAGAAGGAUGCUACAGGAGAAGCUUGCUCUUGUGUCGUUGUUUGCAAUAGGGUAGCUGAGGAUGGAACAAAGAAGGUGACUUCCUGUCCUGGACUUGGUCUGUUUUAUACCGUACUGUCUGCCUUCCUUUUCUCAGUGGCCUCUCUAUUUCUAAAAAAAAUAGAAGAUAUGCACGCUGUGGAAGUGAGUGCAUUUCGAUGCAUUUUCCAAAUGGCAUUUGUUCUUCCUGGUUUAAUAUACUACAAAACAGGGUUUUUGGGACCAAAAGGUAAAAGGAUCUUUCUUUUCUUCCGAGGAUUCUUUGGCUCUAGUGCAAUGGUUCUUCUCUACUAUGCUUUCCAAUCAAUGCCCCUAGCUGAUGCCACUGUUCUAACUUUUAGCAGUCCUGUUUUUACAUCAUUGUUGGCUUGGAUCUUUCUCAAAGAGAAAUACAGUAUUUGGGAUCUUCUGUUUACCCUCUUCGCAAUUGCUGGAGUGAUUCUUAUUGCCAGACCACCAUUUCUUUUUGGGUCAAAAAUUGCAGGGAUUGAAGGCAAUUACACAGAUCGUCUUAAAGGAACUAUAGCAGCAAUUACCAGUGCAUUUUCUACAUCUUUGACUUUUGUUAUACUGAGAAAGGUGGGGAAAUCCGUGCAUUACUUUUUGUCCAUUUGGUAUUAUUCAGUAAUUGGUUUUACUGGAUGUGCUAUAACAUUGUUUCUUAUGAAUGAGUGGAGUUUACCGUAUUGUGGUAAAGAUAGAGUUCUUCUAGUAUCAAUAGGUAUUCUAGGACUGGGGGGUCAGAUAUUUCUCACAAAAGCAUUACAGAAAGAGAAAGCUGGACCUGUUGCCAUAAUGAAAACAAUGGAUGUGGUUUUUGCUUUUAUUUUACAAAUUCUUUUUCUUAAUCGUCUACCAACUUGGUGGACUGUGGGUGGUGCUCUCUGUGUAAUAGCUAGUAGUUCUGGGACUGCCAUUCGUAAGUGGCACCAAAGCUCAAAAAAAGCAAAACAAAAUGAAAUCUAA